CAAAGCCCAGCACUGGUGUAUGUUGUGGCAUUUGUGUUAAUGUUUGUUAGAAUGGAGCUCCUGCAAGGUCUGUUAGUGGUGUUUGUGCUUGUUGCGUUUGAUCUGCCUGAUGCAUGGGGAAGUUUGAGGUACAGUCAAAGUCCAAGGAGCAUGAGGCCAAAAUCAGACCCAGCUUCCAGAAGUCCUGCCCGUUCUCCUCUAGGGCUCUGGAACCCUUUGCAAGUGGCUUCUCCGUUUCAGAGUCCUGUCUCCAGAAGCCUUGCACAGGAUCCUUUUGGCCUUCAGGAGAAGCAGCUGUUGCAGGGUCCAGUGAAGCCUUUGGAUUGGAGGUAUCCCGUUGUUCCUGAGGUGCAGAGCGAGGUGGCAGUGGGCUUCCAGUUGAGGCAACCCGUGACUCCCAGCAGUGUAGCGAUUCAAUGCAGCGAGAACCGGGUUCUUGUAGAGGUCCAGCAGGACUUGUUCAGCAAUGGUCAAUUGAUCCAGCCAACUGGUCUGUCUCUAGGUGGAUGUCCUGUUGUUGGUCAGGAUUCUGAGUCUAGGGUGCUCAUCUUUGAGUAUGAACUACAGGACUGCAACAGUGUGCUGAUGAUGAGUGAGGAUGAGCUUGUCUACACCUUCUCUCUUACCUACACCCCUGAGGCACUUGCUGGUACUCCGAUUACCCGGGCCGAUGGUGCAGUUGUUGGUGUUCAAUGCCACUAUCAAAGGCUUCAAAAUGUAAGCAGUAAUUCCUUGAGGCCAACAUGGGUCCCUUAUGCCUCAACGGAGGUUGGUGAAGAAGUCUUGCUGUUCUCCCUGAAGCUCAUGAUGGAUGAUUGGUCCUAUCAGAGGCCUUCAAACACUUAUUUCCUGGGUGGCAUUAUUAACAUCGAGGCUUCUGUGAAGGUGUACAAUCAUGUGCCUCUGCGUGUGUUUGUGGACAGCUGUGUGGCUACUCAAGGACCAGAUGUGAACUCUCUUCCAAGAUAUUCCUUCAUUGAGAAUCAUGGGUGCUUUGUGGAUGCCAAAACUACAGCCUCCAGCUCCCGCUUCAUGCCUCGGUCCCAGGAGGACAAGAUCCAGUUCCAGCUGGAGGCGUUUAUGUUCCAGGAGGCCUACAGUCCUUAUAUCUACAUAACGUGUAUUCUGAAGGCAACCAUUGCUUCUGUACCAAGUGACACUCAGCGCAAAUCCUGUUCCUUCGCCAAUGGGUGGUUUGCUGCUGAUGGAAACCACCAAGUUUGUGGCUGCUGUGACUCAACAUGUGGUCCUGAUGGUGGAUUUGCUGCUUCUACCUAUGGAGGCCUUCAGUGGGAAGGCAAGGCAUCACUUGGUCCCGUAAUGGUUCAAGAGCGAAAGGCUGUUUCUCAAUAAAACUGACAUCAAUCCUUGCAUGUA